AGCUGUUGUGUUGUGUGUAGUAACUUAAAUAAAAUAAAAAUAACACAUUAAAAAUUAUUUCUUUCUCGUUCUACUAGUAUUUGUGAACUCUCAUUUAUUGGUUUUAAUUUUGCUGUCUUUUAAGCCUAAUAAAUUAUUGUAACCAUGUCUCUAAACACUUAUGAAAUACUAACGACGAUACGGAAAUCGAGUAUCAUGUUUUAGCUUCUUCCUCAUGGUCAUAGCUUUGUUAUGCUUACAAUUCUAACAAGAAAGUGAUGUUUAGAAGUAGGAGUUGGUUUGGAGGCGGGUGGGGUCGCCCGAAAAACCCACAUUCUUUAGAACGCUUAAAAUAUCUACACAAUGUUUUGUGCAAGAAUACAACUGUUUCUGAGAGUAAUCGGGGUGUAUUAGUCGAGUCAUUGAGGUGUAUAGCUGAAAUAUUAAUAUGGGGUGAUCAAAACGACAGCUCUGUCUUUGAUUUCUUCCUAGAGAAAAAUAUGCUAUCAUAUUUCCUCAAGAUAAUGAGACAGAAGUGUGGAGGAUCGUCAUUUGUGUGCGUCCAAUUGCUGCAGACACUAAAUAUAUUAUUUGAGAACAUCAGAAAUGAGACAUCUCUUUAUUAUUUACUUAGCAACAACCAUGUCAAUUCAAUUAUUGUCCAUAAGUUUGAUGUGUCUGAUGAAGAAGUAAUGGCAUAUUAUAUAUCUUUCCUAAAAACACUCAGCCUUAAGUUAAACAAUCAUACGAUACAUUUCUUUUAUAAUGAGCAUACAAAAGAUUUUCCGCUCUACACAGAAGCAAUCAAGUUUUUCAACCAUCCAGAGUCCAUGGUACGGAUUGCAGUGAGGACACUUACGUUAAAUGUUUAUCGAGUGCAAGAUGCAAGCAUGCUUAGAUUUAUUAGAGACAGAACUGCGGCACCGUACUUCAGUAACCUUGUGUGGUUUAUAGGAAAACAUAUACUGGAGCUCGAUGCAUGUGUCAGGAAUGAUGCUGACCACCAAUCACAGCAAAAGCUGGAUGAUCUCGUAGCCGAACAUUUAGAUCACUUGCACUACAUUAAUGAUAUCCUAUGUCUCAAUAUCCCUGACUUGAAUGGCGUACUCACCGAACAUUUGUUGCACAAACUUUUUAUUCCACUGUAUAUCUAUUCUUUAACGUCAGAGCUCAAACGUCCCAAUACUACAUCGCCUUACAACAGAGACCACAUACAAAGCAUAGAAGUAAUAACAAGGAAUUUGGAAGCAAUAAUAUCUGGUCGAAGUUCCGAUGCUCCUCCGAAGCUAAAGUACCCCAUCCAAAAAUUUGAUUCUGAAGAUGACUCCAAACCGUCCGUUUCAUGUGUGGUUGCCCUAUUUUUACUAUCACAAGUAUUUCUUAUCAUAACCCACGCUCCAAUAGUACACGCGCUAGCUUGGAUUAUAUUACAAGCGGACUUAUCUAUAUUCGACGAUGGGGCAACAAAAAUAUUGGAUAAUUACGUUAGUAGUGCAAAAUCGAACGUUAAAUUGGAGUUUGCCAAACCCCAAUUGAGCCUGGAGAAAGCUCUAGAAAACACAACAUGUCAUGCCAGAGAUUAUACUACCCCUGAAUAUAGCGGGGCUAAAGGCUUAGCUUAUGACACGGAUCAUUCUAGCUGUGAUUUGGAUCCAGAAUUGGUAUCUACGUCUCUUCCGUCCACUUCGCAUAUUAGCGAAACCUCGAGUAUAGCUAAUGAUUCUACCGAAGAUUUAAUAACUCAGAUACAAUGUGUGAAAUCUGUUGUGAAAGAGAAUAUGCCUGAUUCGCCGUUACCAGAUUCUGGUAUCGAUUCUACCUCUUCAAAAGCUGAGCUUAACAAUAUAACAGAUGAGGAAAAGCAAAAGUUGCUGCGGUCGAUACCAACUGCAUCUAAAGAGAUGAGUUUAGAAAGUGUUCUUGAGAAUGAGAGUAGGGAUAUAGAAACGAGGCCUUUUAUGAAGACUGUUCUAGAUUCGUUGGAUUGUAAGGAAGAUGAUUAUAAGGCGCUGUUUGCAUUGUGCUUGCUUUAUGCCCUAAUAACUAAUAAAGGAGUAAACUCUGAUUUACUAGAAACAUUACUCAAGUCAGAGUUUGGUGAUUGCAAACCAGAUGAGACAAAUGCAAAGGAAAGUCGUGAAGGCUGUUCAAAUGACGUGGAAGAGAUGUCAAGUCCGGUGAAGAUUAAGGCGACUUUUAACGCACUACUCAUCAAUAAAUUGAUAGCGAUAGCUGUCUUGUGUUUUAAGCCUGCUUCUAAGGUGCGCUUGGUAACGUGCGAGUUGACGGCGCGACUGCUCAAGAUAUCAAUGGAAGGCUCGAGCGGCGUGCCGAGCGCUCGUCACUUGACCGCCGCUGACAACCUGCGGGCCAGGGCGGCGGAGUUCGCCAGGAACUUCUACAAGUGUGACGACAUCUUUCUAGACAUGUUCGAGGAUGAAUACUCGGAGAUGGUCAAACGUCCGUUGAAUGUAGAAUGGUUGUGUAUGGACGCGGCGAUUUUACUGCCGCCUACCAAGACACCGAUGUCCGGUAUUGCUUUCGAGAAGAGACUGCCCAGUGGUGAGAUGGAAAGAGCUCGUCGCGCUAUAAGAACAUUCUUCUUAAUACGAGAUUUAUACAUGAAGCUGUCCGGUAAACAAGAAACUCAGCUGCCGUUAGCGAAUCCAGCGCCGUUCGUGCAAGUUGGGCAAGUUUUAGAUCUCAAUGAUUCGGACUUGAUAUCCUGUGACGUCACACAGAAGGACGGUACGUGGCACCAUCGAUUUCUCGUCGUGGAUAGCAUUCAAAUAAUCCUGGUCGAGCCGGAGAAGCACAAGCUGGGCUUCGGUGUUGCCAAACUUAUCGGCAGUUUGCAGGAUUUAGAGAUAGCCGGUGACAAAGAAGAUCCUAGAUGUCUCCACCUGACGAUACACAAGCCGCGGGUGGGAGGCGUGUCCGCGGGCGCACGGAGUGUUCUGUUGCGGGCUAAGUUCAAGUUUGACGAUCACAUACGAAGUAUGGCGGCUAAGCAGAGACUCACUAAGGGUCGAACAAAAGCCCGCCAGAAGAAGAUGCAACAGAUCGGGCGACUUUUAGAAGUUUCUGGAAUCUCCGCGCCAUCCAUAGUGCAGAGACAUCGUCCGCUUUUCGGGAAGCCCUCGCUUUCCGCCGUUCGCAGACAUAUUGGUGUCGAUGGUGAGGAGUCAGAUCGACGGUACCGUCGCGUUGGUGGCCACGUGCUUAAAGAUGGCGUCGUCGUCUACAGAGAACGUAGCACCACUACCAGGGAGAGUGUAUCUCGAAGCAGCAGCCAGGGUUCUCGGGAGAGUUCACCACGAGGUCGAUCGGAGGAGAUACCCCUCGAAGACAUCAGACGUAACCCAGGCAUUGCUACUGCUAUACCCACCACUAGUGCAAUUCAGAACACACCUAGCACGUCGCAAAUACAAAAGGUAUCCCGGACAUCCUCUGAAGAAACGUCGUUUAUCUCCGGUGAGUCACGCCCUAAGAAGAAAGGUAUCGUUGAGACCAUUUGAUCUUAAGCCAUUAUAUAUAAUACUAUAUAUAAUUUGGAAUAACGGUGGUUCCCCAAACGAGACUGGGAGGGUCUAACAGCUAGACUUGACCAAGCUGAACAAUACAGACUUUUCCUCAACGACUUCUUUGAAGAAUUUCAUACGUACUACAUACCACGGUAAGGAUGAAUCGAGUUGUAUCGCUUGAGUUAAUGUACUCUAAAAUUAAAAAACAAUUUUCCAGAAUUUUUGCAACUAUUAUAGAUAGCUUUAUUAGCGAAUUUGAAAUGUUAAUGUUACUAGGGAAGCAGUUUCAUGUUGUAUUUUAUAAGAAUAAAUAGAUAUAUGAAAAAAAUUAUACAAUUUUAAAUCAAUUUUACUAUGAAUGUUAAUAAAUAUUACUGUGGUGGUAUUUUUUCAAUGUAGAUAACGAUGUUAUUUAAAAUGUUAAUCAAUGUUACAUUGGUAGCAGUUUUCAUGUCAUAUUUCAUAAAAUGUAGAUAAACAUCAUAUUAAAAAUGUUAGUGUGGUAGCAGUUUGCAUGUCAUGCACACAAGCUUCAUAAUAUACUUUUUACACACACAGUUUUCAGACUUGUUUUCAUUGUGCGAUAAUUGUAAAAUUUGGUUUUUAAUCAUUUCUGCUAAGGAAGUUGCGAGAUAUUCCCAAUACAAGUGUCCUAAGACAACUUACUGGGAAGUCUCAAAGAAUAAAUUUAUUUAUAAAUUAUUAAAAUAAAAAUAAAAUUAUAAAAAUUAACUUAUUUAAAUACUAGUUUAUUCUUAUUUAGAAGGGGAUUAUUUAGGGGAACCACCACAAGGCUCUAAAUUUGGUAAUUUUUUUUUUAAUAGGGUGUGAAGAAUUAUUAAAAAUGUAGAUAUUUUAUUGUAUAUAAUAAUAAUACCUAGAUACGAGAAAACGAUAUAUUACAAUAUCUGAAUUAAUUUUUUCUGAGAAAAUGAUUUGUAAAUCAUUAUAUACAUAUAUAUAUAUAUAUUUGCUGUGUAUGUUUUGUCUUCCAUGGGUUUAUUUUUUUAAGUUUCUUCGUAUAAGUUUAAUGUUUUAAAUAUUGAAUUAUAGUGAUAGUUAAAAUGUUUGAAUAUCUCAUUAAAAAUGUGGUGUAUUUUGUCCGUUAAUAUUAUUGGUAGCUCUGGGAACACAAGAUACAUCUUUAUUCGUAGAAUCCCGCAAAAUGCUACUGCGUACGGCGACCAUCCUACUGACGUCAUAACAUAUAAAAUGACGCAUAAACACAAUAAUUUUCAAAGUUUAAUUGCUUUAGUAUGCUUAUUUUUUAAACCAUCGAUUUUAUAUUCAAUGAAUAAAUGAAACAUACCUGUAAUAAUUCUUUUUAUAUUUAGGAAUUAAUCGUUUUCGAUCGAUAAUGCGAGUAUAACACAUUAAAACAUUCUUUUUAUAUAAUAACAGUUAUUUAGUUAAGUACUAGCUGACCCGACAGACGUUGUUGUGUCAAUAAAAGGUUCGAGAGAUAUGGUAAAUGCGUGGGUGAGUGCGUGGGUGGGAUCGUGACACGACAAUCUAUAUAUAUAAUCGUUCCUUGAGGUUCAACAAAUCUAUAACAAAAGAUUUCAUUGAGGUCGGUCGAAUAGUUUAGGAGUUAUUAGGGAACAUUCAAACAUACAUUCUCUUUUAUAUUUUAAAUAGAUGACAGUUAGCGAUAUAGGGAUACAUAAUGUUAAUUUUGUGCAAUAAAUAUUUACAGAAGCAGUUAUCAUUAUAUGCUUUUUAAUUCAUGUUUUUUUUUUUAAUUAAUUAUGACGGCAUUGUUGUACCUACUUACAUUGUAUUUUGGAUCAGCCAAUAAGAUUACCGAGAUCAAUUUACAUUUUGUGUAACCUAUGGUGUUCGAAAAAUAUUAAUGCCAUAUAUAAUUAAAAUAUUUAUUAUAUCGAUUUUGUAAAGCAAUGAUUAUUUUAAGGCUUCUAACGUAACAGUAUUUGAUGUGAUUUAUAAUAGGUAUAAUGUAAAUACUUUUUAACCGACUUCAGAAAGGAGGAGGUUCUCAAUUCGAUUGGCAUUUUUUUUAUGUAUGUACACGGAUUACGCUGAGAUUUAUGAAUAGAUUUAUGUGAUUCUUCUAUAGAUUGAUGCGAAAUAGUUGUCAUUUUCACACAGAAGUUUUCAUUUUAUGAACAUUCAUGUUUAUGUGGAUGACGUUAUUGUUUUUACGUGGACGAUUUAAUUGUAUUUUGGGUACAGAUUUUUUAGGAAUUUUCAUUUGCUUUGGUUGUUUAUAUAGUAUCAUUAUUAUCAUAGGCUACCUGUAAUUCAUAGCUAACAAAGUGUUCUUUACGAUAUUUCAUUAUCUCACAAGAACGUGAAAUAGAGUUUCGAACAGCACCUUCGGAGUCGAUUCAUUUUUCCAUUCUCGUUUAUUGGGAUCUAUAUUGUUAAGGCGCGCGCCACCUUUUCUAGGUCUACUCAUAACUACUGUAAAAAAUGAGUAUUUAAUAUAUGAAAAAAUGAAGCAACGAAAUAUUAUAGUUUACGUAAUGUAAUCGGGAAAAAACCUACUGCAGUUUACACAACAACUAAUUAAAUAACACUAAAAAGUGAUAAAUAAAACACAACGAUUUAGAAAAAGACUUCUAAAACUAAAAAUUAUAAAAAAAAACUUAGUAAAGAUUUAAUUUAAUACACCCGUCGUAUCGUCAUGACGUCAUGUAACCGAGAGUUGCUAAUCGCAACUGAGCCAGUGUCGAGGAGCUCCGCAUAAUUGUGUCUUUUGCAAUGGCUGUGUGGCACUUCCCUCAUCCUCGUAAUACCGAAGGUAAUUCGAGAGCGGGUUGUAAUAAUGACCGACAGUACUCCGUAAAGGUCCAAAUUUUUAUAUUCAUAAACGCUGAGCACUUCAGCAUGAAAUUAAGUGGAGGCAUUGUUUAAGAUUUUUGAAGAGAUUUUGGAAAAAAAAAAUAAGUUUUCUUAAAAGAACUUCCGGUUUUAACCACUAUUUUAAGCAAUAAAUUAAAAACAACACCAUUUGAAAUUCUUGCAGAAUUUUAGCUUUUAAAUUCAUAUUAUGUACCUACUUGUAUAUUAUAAAUAUUUUUAUUUUUAUUGCACUACCCUUAGGUAUAUUAUAGCUAUUCCGUGUGGAACCCUUUAUAUAAAACUAAUGUUGUUAAACUCGUGAUCCCUACAUCAAUUUUAUCAACCUUCUCUUAAAGAUAGGCCGUUUUUAUAUACAAUAAUUGUAAGAACUUAACGUUACGUAAAAUCAUAAAGUAAAAUAUGCCAUUAAUUCUUCAACUUGUUUAUAGAUAAGUUAAAUUAGAUUACAUUUCUCGUCCAUAUCCCCAUUACAAUAAUCUCAAAACGAACAUGUCUAAAAUAAUUUAAUGAUACAGAAAUUUAUGCGGUAUAUUAAUAUUUUCAUUGGACGUAUUUAGUACCUUGUAUAUUACAAUAUUGUUGUUACGAUAACCUUCGUUCCUUAAAGGCCGACAAAGCUCCUCUGAAUCCUCUGGUGUUGCAAGAGAAUGUGGGCGGCGAUGACGUCACCUUAAGACGUAAGACGUUAAGUCUCAUUUGCCCAGUAAUUUAACUAGCUACGGAGUCCUUGAGAACGAAACACUUGAGGCGAAAGGAAAAAAUCUAUCAAAGACGAGACCUUUAAGAGAGAUAUUUAAGAUCUAAACUGAAGGCGAUAUCAUUUGAAGUGUUAUUGAAUACUUAAAGCAUUCGGUGAUCGAUCAUGGCUGGUAGAUCUGAUAAAUUUAUACUUAUCAUCACGUAGAUCAAAGAUGGUAUUUAAGCGUUUAGUUCAAAACCGUUGAAGUACUGCAACUCUUAUAAAUUGAUGUAAAAUAAUUUACUGUGGACAGUAGGUAUUUUACCGCAAAUAUAAAACCAGUUUCACAAAAUUGUUAAGCGUAUACAGUAUGACUGCAGUAUAGUAGUCGGUACUCGAUUCUCAUUCAAAGUAUGUAAUAAAAUUAUGUACUAUAUUUUGAACAAAUUUCCCAAUUUCGUUAGUUGAGCGCAAGCGCCGUCAGGUCCUUGUGUCCCUUCCCGCUUCCUACUUCCGUGCCCCGCGAUUAGCGUCUAAUCCGUGUAUCCGCUCGGUGUUACUCAACUUAACUGACCCUUACAUGACCCGACUUUGAAGUUAUAUUUCUCUUAAGGCGCGUUAUGAAAAAAUAAUUAGUGUGAAAUUAUAAGAUGCGCGCGCAUCAUCAUUUCAACAACGUAGAAUAUCACGAGGAAUAAAUCAUUUUAAUGAUUUUUUUUUGUUAGGCCUGAGAAGUAUAACUUCUUGCGUGCAUACAUAAUAUGUACACACACACUUUUUUGUAAUUAUAUUUUAAGUACAAUGUAUCUGAUGUGCAAUGACUAAAGAUCUCAAAAUGGCUUACAUAUUUGAUUUAAAGGAAAAAAGAGGAAAACAAUGUAUUUAUAGAACAGCAGUAUUUCCCUUUUCACUAAUUGGAAACAACGUUUUCAUGUAAGCUAUAUAUAACCUUAAUUACGUAAAUUUAUGUUCUACCUUCAUGGAUUAAUUUUAAAUAUCAAUUUUGUAAAUAUCUUAAGUGCUUUCAAAUUAAUUAAUCACAAGUUACUUUAAAAGAUUCAAAUUUAAUUGUUCUGUAGUAAGAUAAGUUUUAAUUCUGCUAUCCUUUAUCAGCAACUUAUGGUUAUUUAAAACCAUUUAAACAUUAUUAUUAUGUUGACUACCACUGCUUGAACAUAAAACAUGUUGUGAAAUUUUGGUUUAGGUACUUUUAUAUUUUACAAUCGCAAUGUGUCAAAAUAUAUUGUAAAUACGUCCUUGUAGUUAGUUGUGAUUUUAUUUCAUGCAAAAAUGUGUUGGUUUGGGGAAAUAUAUGAUGUGUUAUUUAA